AAUGAUGGGCAAUGGCCGCCGCGUAACGAACGCCGUGUGCUAGUGAUGUCGGCUGUACUAGCCGUUAUAUUUCGAUGAUUAUUUUAUAUAAGUUUGAUUAAAAAAUAAUAAUUGUAAAGCUAAAAUCUAAACAAGCGUGUCCGUCCGAUAUUUAUAUUAUAUAAAAUAAAUAGUAAUACUUAUAAAACUAACAACAAUAAUAAUAUCACAGUGUGAUUUGAAAUAAUUAUAAAUAUAUAAUAAUAAUAGUAGUCGUUCUAAAUAAUUAUGCCAAACAAGCAAAAGAAAGACAAGGUGCGUUUAUUGAAGUAAAAUGAAAUUUCUAAAUAACUAAUUCGGGUGUUGUUUUUACAAGUAUAAAAAUUGUUUUUGUUAUAUGAUUUAGUGGUGGUAUUUAUGCGUGAAACUAAAUCCGUGAUUUAUUUAAACUCAUUUCCUUCUUCGUCUUCUAUCUACUCUCUUCGUCAUCGUCGUCGUCUGGUCUUCAUAGCCGUCGUCGUCGUGCAACAGAAACUAAGCCAGCUGAAAGAAAAUUAAUUAUUUACCAGAGAAAUAAAUUUUAAAUUCAACAACCUAAAUAAAUAAAUAUAAUAAAAAAAAAUUGAAUAAAAAAUUAGGGGGGAACACACACAACAACCCGGCAAUCUUGGCUACCACCAACCAUCAUCGCUGUCUUGUAACACGUAUCCUGAUUCAGCAAUCAUCACCUCGCUCUAUAUUUAGUUUAAUAAUAAAUAAACAAUAACAGUUCAUACGACAAAAGGGUCUACACACAGUCUAUACUUACAACUACAACAACAACAACAACAACAACAACUACAAGAAGGAUAAUAAUAUUAAUAAUAAGAAUAAUAAAUAUUAAAUAACCGCGCUAAUUAAUUAUCUACUUACAACAAUACACGCGUACAUUAUCGUCAAAGAAAAUGGAGUCAGGAAAGCCCAAGGACAAGCCUAAGAAUGGCAAGGAUCCAGAACCUGGGGACGAGAAUAAUAAGGUGGCGGGUGGACCGCCUGGAGGGAGCACUCCACCACCGCCUACGUUGAUCAACAAAAUGAAAUACCAACCGGGUGGUCCGGUUAUCAAGAAGGACAAAAGGCAAAACAGCUCGAGGUUCAAUAUAUCCAAGAAUCGUGAACUACAAAAAUUACCCUUCAUUGCCGAAGCUCAAGCGCCAAACGAACGGGAAGAACUUUUUAUUCAGAAAUUACGGCAGUGCUGUGUGCUGUUUGAUUUUGAAUCUGAUCCAUUAUCUGAUUUAAAAUGGAAAGAAGUAAAGCGCGGCGCAUUGCUCGAAAUGGUCGAGUAUGUUACAAAGAACAAAGGCGUAAUUACAGAAGUUGUUUAUCCCGAGGCAGUAAACAUGUUUGCUGUGAAUCUGUUCCGGACCCUCCCACCGUCCUCGAAUCCGAAUGGCGCCGAGUUUGAUCCGGAAGAGGACGAGCCAACCCUUGAGGCUGCCUGGCCUCACUUACAAUUGGUCUAUGAAUUUUUUCUACGACUGCUCGAGUCACCGGAUUUUCAGCCGACAAUCGCCAAGCGUUAUAUAGAUCACAAGUUUGUGCUACAACUGCUGGAGUUAUUUGACUCGGAGGAUCCACGUGAACGAGAUUUCUUAAAAACGACACUUCACAGAAUUUAUGGAAAAUUUUUGGGUCUACGCGCGUACAUUAGAAAGCAGAUAAAUAAUGUUUUCUAUCGAUUUAUUUAUGAAACUGAGCAUCAUAAUGGAAUUGCUGAGUUGCUAGAGAUUCUUGGGAGUAUUAUCAAUGGUUUUGCUUUACCGCUCAAAGAAGAGCACAAGAUAUUUUUGCUAAAAGUUCUUUUACCUCUUCACAAAGCCAAGUCGUUGUCUGUUUAUCAUCCGCAACUUGCAUACUGUGUUGUACAGUUUCUUGAAAAAGAUCCAAAUUUAACGGAGCCAGUCAUAAAAAAUCUUCUUAAAUUUUGGCCCAAGACUCAUUCACCCAAGGAGGUCAUGUUCCUCAAUGAACUCGAGGAAAUUCUAGAUGUUAUCGAGCCUGCUGAGUUUCAGAAAGUUAUGGAUCCACUUUUUAGACAACUUGCUAAGUGCGUUUCUUCCCCACACUUUCAGGUGGCAGAACGAACAUUGUAUUAUUGGAACAAUGAAUACAUUAUGUCGUUAAUAUCCGACAAUUACUCAUUUAUUUUACCAAUAAUGUAUCCUGCAUUAUAUAAAAAUUCGCGUAAUCAUUGGAAUAAAACAAUUCAUGGAUUGAUUUAUAAUGCAUUGAAACGUCUCAUGGAAAUGAAUCAAAAAGUUUUUGAUGAAUGUACUCAGCAAUAUUUCCAGGAUCGACAAAAAGAAAAACGAAUGCUGAAAGAUCGUGAUGAAGCAUGGAAUCGUGUGGAAGCACUUGCAAUGCGACAUCCAAGUUACACGGUGGUUGCGAAAGGUCUCCUAAACAAUUCGCACAAUCUGUCGCAGCAUUUGGACAGUCCACCGUUCGACGAGGACGCUGAUAAUGAUGCGACACCGCUUACGUUAGAAAAAAUUGAGGCUAAGGCUAACGAGGCAAAGAAGAUGACAAAUACCAAUAAAUCAAAGCCGUUGUUACGAAGAAAAAGUGAACUACCACAGGACUCGUAUACAAUGCGAGCUCUCUCAGAUCAUAAACGUGCGGAUGAGUACCUCGUUACACCACCAGAUCCAAACAACUGCUAGUCCCUGCCGAUUUCCCUUCCGAUGUAUCCUCUCUUCUGAUGCAGAUAUUACAGAGUAAUAAGAGUUUGAAAUCUCUGAGGCUGAGUGAAAUUUUUCAACAUUGCAAAAAAAGUAACUGUUGCGGAUGCCGGAUAUCUGCUUUUUAUUCUGUUAUCAAAUGUUAAAUAUCUGUCUAAAAAAUUUAAUCCAUCUUUUAAGUAAACUUUAAAGAACAAAAAACAUAAAACUAACGAAUUAAUUUUUCAGUUAAUGACAGAAAAAUAAAUUACAGACCUAAUAGUCACAGUUGAUGAUAAGUAUCUUUUGGAUAAUAAACGACGUUAUUAAUAAAAAAAAAAAAAUAACCAUCCAGCUUGCCUGCGGUUAUUAAUAAGCCGUAAUGUGCAAUUUAUUCUGUGUAAAAACUAAUUAAAAAAAAAUAAAUAAAUAAGCGAAGAGAAGGACUUCUCACAAAACUUUUUGUACGAUGAGAUAGAUAAUGCUUAACUGCGCUUUUUGGUAAGCAUCUUAAUGAUUAAAUACGAAAAAAAAAAAAAAAAAAAAAAAAAAAAAAAAUUAAAAUUUUGGUAAUUUAAAUUUAAUCAGUUGAUUCUAUUCGAUUUUAAACGUUAGUUGUGAAUUGAGCCGACUAAGGAGAUUAAUAAUACAAUGUUAGAAUUGUUUAAUAUUAUAUUAUGAUAUAAUGAACAAACACUACAAAAAAAAUAACAAUAAGAGAGAAAAGAUAAAAUAAUAAUAAAAUGAUAAAAUAAAAUAAACGGAUACUUUUUUUUCCUGUUUGUUUUUGCAAUACCGCCAAAUUUCCUCGGGUUUUAGGGAAUCAAAUGGACUGCCUCUUAUCGAGCACUCACCAAGGUGCCAAGGCCACUCGGAUGGUAGUUACUAUUAUUAUUUUUAUUAAUUAAUAUUAUUAUUACUAUUAUUAUUAUUAUAAUUAUUAAAUUGUUAGAUAUUUAAGAAAAAUAUGUAAAAAUUCUUGUAUCAUCAGGCCGAAUUAUGUUCCACUAGAUGCCUUUCUACCCAGCAAGUCAGAAUAUUAAAUAAAUAUAAUAAUCAGCGUUUAUAAAACUUUAGAAUCGUUUGCUUAAAUAACAUUGACAUGGUAAAAAAUCAUCACUUGGUAUUAGAAAUUUUUUGGUCUUGCUAAGUCGUGGCUAAUACUGAGAUAUUUAUUAAACACAAAAAUAAAAAUAA